AUGACGUCGACCGCGGCGGCGUCCGGCUCCGACUCCCGGCGGCUCUUGCCCGGCCGUCAGAACUCCCAUCAGAUGGACAGGAUCAAUGGAAAUGGCCAGAAGUCUGCCACUCAAGCCUCCACAUUCUCCGAUGGAGCAGACGAAUUUGACGACGACGCGCUUAUUGCCUCGGAAGCGCUGUCUUGCAGAACUGGCGGCUUUGAGAGAAAUGCAGGCCCUGGGAAUUUGGGGAUGUUUGGUAGCCUGAAGUUUGUGGUGCUCAAGUCAAAGCUCAACCUGUUGAUACCGUGUGGCUUUGUGGCAAUCGUCGUCAAGGACAUGACAGGAAAUAAUGGUUGGGUGUUUCCCCUGACUCUGUUGGGCAUUAUUCCUUUGGCCGAGCGACUGGGCUUCGCCACCGAGCAGUUAGCAUUCUUCACAGGCCCAACAGUUGGGGGCCUUCUGAAUGCUACAUUUGGAAAUGCGACCGAGUUGAUUAUAUCGAUCCAUGCGCUAAGGAGUGGAAAGUUACGAGUUGUCCAGCAGUCUCUGCUAGGGUCCAUCCUGUCAAACUUGCUUCUGGUUCUCGGUUGCGCAUUUUUCAGUGGAGGGGUCACUUGUGGCAAAACUGAGCAGAACUUCAGCAAGUCAGAGGCAGUAGUGAGCUCUGGGCUGCUUUUGAUGGCCGUAUUGGGGUUGCUGCCUCCUACUGUGCUGCAUUACACUCAUUCAGAAGUCCACUCUGGAAAGUCAGGACUAGCCUUGUCAAGGUUCAGCAGCUGCGUCAUGCUUGUUGCUUACGCUUGCUACAUCUACUUUGAACUGACAACCAGUCGCCGUCGUGAGGAAUCUAAUGAAGGAAGAGGUGAGAAUGUAGGGGAUGCCGACAACAUCGAAGCUCCUGACAUUUCAAAAUGGGAAGCCAUUUCCUGGCUUGCAAUUUUGACAAUUUGGAUCUCAGUACUCUCUGACUACUUAGUUAAUGCAAUCGACGGGGCUUCCCAAGCUUGGAAUAUACCGGUUGCGUUCAUCAGUGUUAUUUUGCUUCCGAUUGUGGGGAAUGCUGCAGAACAUGCUAGUGCUGUCAUGUUUGCAAUGAAAGACAAAUUAGAUCUUUCCCUUGGAGUUGCAAUAGGGUCGUCAACGCAAAUGUCCAUGUUUGGGAUACCAUUUUGUGUAGUGAUAGGGUGGAUGAUGGGCCAGCCCAUGGACUUGAACUUUCAUCUUUUCGAGACCGCAAGCCUCUUAAUGACGGUACUGGUUGUCGCUUUUUUGUUGCAGGAUGGGACUUCAAAUUGCUUAAAAGGGUUGAUGCUGUUUCUAUGCUAUCUGAUAGUCGCUGCUAGUUUCUAUGUACAUUCCGAUCAGGAUCCUGAUGGCAAGUUCUUCACUUCUGCACUUCCUCUGCCUGUUCUUUUAUCUUUCAGAUCAAAAGCUUUACACACUGCUUUGAUUAAAGCCACCGGGUUCGGGUACAUGGUUGAUUAG